GUUGACGCCCUGAAGACCCAAGACUGCGGCGCGUUGCGCGCCGCCCACGAUUCCACCGCCACGACGCUGUCCGGCUGGGUAAGCCGGCGCCGAGACCACGGCGGGAUCAUAUUCAUAGACCUGAGAGACCGCUCCGGAUACGUGCAGAUAGUGCUGAAUCCGGAGCAUUUGUCGGCGGAGCACUACGAGACCGCCGAACGGCUGCGUUCGGAAUGGUGCGUUGAGGUCACGGGAACGGUCCGGCUGCGGCCGGAGGGUUCGGAGAAUCCGGCGCUGCCAACGGGCGAGGUCGAGGUGAUGGUGGAAGGGCUGACGGUGCUGAACCCGUCGCUCACGCCGCCCUUCUACAUCACGGAUGAUGUCGAUGCUGACGAGAGCCUGCGGCUGCGGUACCGCUACCUGGACCUGCGGCGACCGAAGAUGCAGGACAACCUGCGACUGCGUCACCAGACGGUGAAGUACAUCCGGGACUACCUGGACGGUCACGGCUUCCUGGAGAUCGAAACGCCCAUCCUGAUCAAGAGCACGCCGGAGGGAGCGCGGGACUACCUGGUCCCCAGCAGGACGCAUCCGGGCAAUUUCUACGCGCUGCCGCAAUCACCACAGCAGCUGAAACAGUUGUUGAUGGUUAGCGGCGUGGAGCGAUAUUUCCAGAUUGCCCGGUGCUUCCGGGACGAGGACCUGCGGGCCGACCGGCAGCCGGAGUUCACGCAGUUGGACCUGGAAAUGAGUUUCGUGGAAGAAGAGGACGUGCUGGGGCUGAUCGAGGGGUUGUACGCGGGACUGGUCCGAGAGCUGACGCCGCAGUUCAAGAUCAAAACGCCGUUCCAACGCCUGCCCUAUGCCGACGCCAUGGCACGGUUCGGGAGCGACAAGCCGGACCUGCGCUACGGGCUGGAGAUGGCCGACGUCAGCGAUCUGGCCGCGGAGACGGAGUUCCGGGUCUUUCGUGGCAUCCUGGACCGGGGCGGCAUCAUCAAGGCGAUGGCGGUACCUGGCAAAGGCGGACUGACCGGCGCGGACAUGCGGAGGAUGGAAGACACGGCGAAGGAGUUUGGCGCGGCGGGCAUGAGCCACGUGAGGCUGACCGGAGACGGCGCCCUGGAUUCGCUGACCGAUGACGACGCGUUGCUGUCCCCGGGCCUGCGAAUGCCCGUCGAGUGGGUGCGCCGGCUGGCGGAAAGGGCCGAAGCGCAGCGCGGCGACCUGAUCCUGCUGAUGGCGGGGCCGGCUCGGCUGGCGAACCAAUGGCUGGCGGCGAUGCGCAGCCACCUGGCGGCGCAGAUGGAGCUGGCGGAUCCGGCGAUGCUGUCCUUCGCGUUCGUGACGGAUUUCCCGCUGUUCCAGUGGGACGACGCCACAGAGCGAUGGGAUUCGGCGCAUCAUCCGUUCACGGCGCCGGCGCCCGGGUGCGAGGCGAUGCUGGACGGUGAGGAUCUGGCGUCGAUACCGUCGCGAGCUUACGACCUGGUAUGCAACGGUUCGGAGCUGGCCAGCGGCAGCAUUCGGAUACACCAACGGGAGCUGCAGGAGAAGAUUUUCAGCAUCCUGGGUUACUCCGCCGAGCAGAUCUCCGAGCGGUUCGGGCACAUACUGGAAGCGUUCGACUACGGCGCGCCGCCGCACGGGGGGAUUGCGCCGGGGAUCGACCGGCUGGUGGCGAUGCUGGCGGGGGCGGAUUCGCUGCGCGAGGUGAUCGCGUUCCCGAAGACGCAGAGCGGGUCGGACCUGCUGUUCGGCGCGCCCUCGGGAGUUGACGCCGGGCAGUUGCGCGACCUGGCAAUACGAAUCGUGGAAUAG